ACGGCGGGACGGCGGCGUCGGCCGGGAGGGAAGUGACGCGACGUUCUGAGGCGGCGGCGGCGCCAGAGUUGUCCGCGCGCCGCUCACGUGACCCGGCUUCGAAGGAGACGUUGCAGAUCUGUGGCGGCAGCGAUGGAAAGCUCCAGACGGCAGCUUGCUUGGGAACUGCUGGGAGGGAGCUGAAUAGUGGAGCAGCUUACCAGACUGUUUCUGUCUCCUGUUGUUUCUUCCUUCCCCUCAGGACAAGGUAAAUAAAGUUGGGAUCACAUUCUUUGUGUUGGACUUGUACUGGUUUAUAUUUAUCCAACAACAAUGAAGGUUCUGCUGGUUUUUGAUUUUGACCAUACAGUUGUAGAUGAAAACAGUGAUACUUGGAUUGUGAAAUGUGCACCAGCUUCCAAGCUUCCUGAUGAAAUUAAAAAUUCCUAUCGAAAAGGAUACUGGACAGAAUAUAUGGGCAGAGUCUUCCGAUACCUGGGGGACAUUGGCAUAAGAGAAGAUGAGAUGAAAAGAACUAUGACAGCAAUCCCUUUUACUACAGGAAUGAAAGAGCUGAUAGAUUUUAUUGGCAAGCACAAAGACUUUUUUGACUGCAUAAUUAUAUCGGAUUCCAAUGCAAUAUUUAUUGAUUGGAUUUUAAAAGCUGCUGAUGUAUCUCAAGUAUUUGAUGAAGUGUUUACAAAUCCCGCAAGUUUCAAUGACUGCGGCUCUCUCACUGUGCAGAAUUGUCACGCUCAUGAUUGUGCAAAGUGUCCUAUUAACCUCUGCAAGAGAAAAGUCUUGGAAGAAUUCUUAGAACAUUUAAAGCCCAAGGUGAAAUACUCACAAGUUAUAUAUAUAGGCGACGGUGGGAAUGACCUGUGCCCAGUAAUGUGUUUGAAAAAAAGCGAUGUUGUUAUGCCAAGACAAGGGUAUAUGUUGGAGAGCUUGAUUUCUCAGUUGUCUCAGAAUCUUGUUCCCGUCGAGGCAUCGGUUGUCGUCUGGUCAUCUGGAUUUGAGAUACUGGCCUACUUAGAAGUACUUACAAAAGGAUAGAACUAAUUAAUAUUGGCAAAUGGGUGGUGCUCUCUGAAUCUUCUCACAGCAGAAUCGUUUCUUUAUGAAUGUUAGGGGGGGAAAUAACACUUUGUUUAUGCUACUUUGAUUCAUUGUCUUCCCUUGUGCAAACUCGGUGGGGUGAAGUUCCUGAGAAAGGAGGGAAAUUCAUCAAAAGAAGCAGCCGGUGCCGAAGGUUGCAGUUCUAUAGACGCUUACCAGCAAGUCCCGUUGAACUCUAGAGGGCUUACUUCUGAGUAGACAUGUAUAGGAUUGCACUGGAAGUCAUUCUUAAAUGUAGUUGCCCUGUAAUAGCUAUGUUACAUGAGAUAAGCUGUCGGUAGGGUAUGUUUGAUGAGAUAUAGAAACUGUUUCCCUCUAAUUAUCUGAUGGAGAGGAGAAA